GGUUUGUACAGAGUGCAUAAUGGCGGAUGAAUCGAAAUCUCAACAACUAGCUCCAAAGGUGGAGCUCCAUCUCCAUCUGGAUGGCGCCGUCCGACCAUCUACUAUCUGGGAACUUGCAAAGAAGCGAGGAAUCGACGUGCCGGGCUCAACAGCUGAAGAGAUGACAAGUAUCAUACGCCACAUUGAAUUGGGAAGCCUACCUAAGUUUCUGGAGAAGUUCGAGAUUUUUUUGCCACCUCUAAUAGGUGACAAGGAAGCUCUUCGUCGUAUUUCCUACGAACUUUGCGAAGACAAGGCAAGGGAAGGGGUUGUGUACUUUGAGACGCGAUUCAGCCCCCAGUUAUUGGUCUACUCAGGGCCAGACAGUGGCCAUGUUGAGGAGAAGGCGCUAUCAACACGCGAGGUAAUGCAGAGCAUUGUAGAGGGAUUAGACAAAGGACAGAAGGACUUCAAUGUCAAGGCCAGACUCAUCAUAUGCACUGCAAGAGAAACGCCGGGAUGGGCGGCAGAAUGUCUGCAGCUAUGCCGGGAAUACAGUCCAUCCGUAGUUGGCAUUGAUAUAGCUGACUGUGGACGUGCAGACGAAACAGAAGGCCACGUUUUUCAUCCAGAAAUCGUUAGAGUUUUCCAGGAAGCUGAGCGUUGUGGCAUUCAUCGCACUGUGCAUGCAGGGGAAGAUGGUCCAGCCAGUAAUGUCAAGAAAGCCAUAGAGUUACUGAAGGCUGAGAGGAUUGGACAUGGCUACCACAGUGUGGACGAUGAUGACGUCUAUCAGAUGGUGAAAGAUAAGGGCAUCCACCUCGAAAUUUGCCCAACAUCCAGCGUCUACACUGGGUCAUGCGACCCCGACUUCACGAAGCAUCCAUGUGUAAGGUUUGUUCAGGAUAAAAUGGACUUUUCACUGAACACUGACGAUCCAACGGUCUUUGCAAACACCAUCAAUGACGAGUUCCAGAUUGCUAAGAAGUACUUUGCACUGUCUGAGGAGCAGGCUGUACAAGCGACUCUGAACGCAGCACGUGCGUCCUUCCUGCCGAAGCAGGAAAAACUGGAGCUUAUUCAACACUUGAGGGCAGCAUACCGAUUGAUUUAAUAUUUACUUGCAGGCGAUGUUAUAGACUGAGCCGCAGAAACUCACACGCUUGCGCUCAUUAAAAAAAAAAUUGCUGCUGUUUUAGUGCUAAAUAUAUAAAGAGUGAAGAUGAUCCUGAUUUUAGACUAAACGAUUUACUGAAAGUUUUCAUUUGGAAAUUCAAAAAAUACUUCCAAAAUGUACUUCGUAUUUAACUCCGCUUUCAAGCAUCAGGAUAGUCAAACAAACAAAAAUCAAACAUCCUCCAUUGUUGCAAAAUAAUGGGAAUUAAUAUCAUUGUUCUAAAAUAUAAAGAUUGAAUGUGACACGUGCUGUCACGAAUAAAAAGUAUAGGUUAGUUGUAAUUUGCAUUAAGAAGUGCAUACGAUUUGGUAUGCCUUGAUACUUCGCUGACCUGCUUCUUGAUAAAAUGAAUGGUUGCAAGAGUUUCAGUUUGAGAAUAUGGGUGCUGAAAACAAUAUGUCUUGUAAGCCACAGGCUAAAGAAGUAAAAUAAACUAUACGGUUAAUAUAGAAACUAUAUUUACUAGAUAUAUAAUAAUGAAAAAGUCAAAAACAGUUUUUAGGGAUUUUAACUGUGUUGGACGAAAACAUGUAACAUUUCAGACGGAGACUCAUUAUACAGUGUAUGAUAACGCUUAGACCAAAAUUUGUAAUACUCUAAAUGUAUGGACCAAAAGCAUCUCUUUUUAUAUCAAAUUAAAGAAAUGUAUAAAGAAAUCUUGUCUUUUCUUUACUACUAUAAUAAUA